UUCAUGUUCUUUGGAAGAGGCUAUUGAUGGCUACACUGAUGCUCCUUAGCUAUCAUUCAUAUGUCCGGAUUAUUUAAAUAUAGUGCCUUAUAUGGUGGUUUAAACUUUACUCUUAAACUAUUGCGGAUAUAUUAUUUUAUAAUGUAGUCCUGAAAUGUAUUGUUGUCUUGCCUACCGACUGCCAUCGAUUAAGAAUGACUUAAACAAUGGUGUCGAGUCGAAGAUGAAGAUGAUGUACAGUAGACGGAAUUCAACCAUGUGUCAGUGGAUGAUAUUCUUUGUUGAGCUCUCUUCUUGGACUAAGCCGCUGCUGCUGGAGUACAUCUGUAGGUUAUUCUCUUAACCGUCAUCCCAGUUCUCCGUUCAAUGCCUAACACUGCGGAAAGUGAAGGCGCCAAGGUAUCUGCUAGGACUGAUCAGGAGGCUCCAUCACGGGCCCCGGCCAGAGAGGAUGAGCGUGAGCGCAACUUCCUGAGUCCAGUGACGCAUGAUGCGCUGCGGGUACGACGGGCCUCCAGCGCAGAGCUCCAGCUUCCAUGGACCUGUCCUGUAACACACUCCCGAGAGAAGUUCUACACCGUCUGCUCGGACUAUGCCCUACUCAACCGAGCCCGACCCAUUAUCACAUCUGAAGAUGCACCACCGACCAAUCCAGACACCACAGCUGCAGCCCCUUCCCAGAGUCAUUCGGGGGGAAUAAGUAUGUCUUUAGAUGGGAACUGUGAUAUGGAGGUUGUGUCAUCCAGCAACAAGCCUGUGCUGGCCUGGGAGAUUGACACCUCUGAUUUUGACGUGGUUCUAACACGGAAAGCCAGAACAAGUAAUUUAAAGAAAUUCAACUCUAAGAAAAUGAAAUCGUCUGACAGGCCGAGCAGAAACCUGCAAGAUCUCCCGCCACAAGCUUCUCUGGAGGAGAUCAAACAGAGAAAAGUCUUGGACCUCCGCAGAUGGUACUGCAUCAGCCGUCCCCAAUAUAAAACAUCGUGUGGAAUCUCCUCACUUGUCUCUUGUUGGAACUUCCUCUACAGUACUUUAGGUGCAGGCAGUCUCCCACCUAUGUCUCAAGAAGAAGCGCUGCACAUACUUGGUUUCCAGCCUCCAUUUGAAGAUAUUAAGUUUGGACCAUUCACUGGCAAUGCCACUUUGAUUCGAUGGUUCAGACAAAUCAACGAUCAUUUUCGUGUCCGGGGUUGCUGUUACAUUCUGUACAAACCUCAUGGGAAGCACAAGACGGCAGGAGAGACAGCUGAGGGGGCGCUGCUGAAGCUGACGCAGGGACUUAAAGAUGAAUCCAUGGCCUACAUUUACCACUGUCAGAAUCACUACUUCUGUCCUGUGGGCUAUGAAGCCACACCGCUAAAGGCAGCCAAAGCAUACAGGGGGCCACUGCCACUUAAUGAGAUGGAGCACUGGAUACUUAUUGGUGAACCAAGCAGGAAACACCCUGCAAUCCACUGUAAAAAAUGGGCAGAUAUUGUGACAGAUCUGAACACUCAGAACCCAGAAUACUUAGACAUUCGCCACAUAGAGAGAGGCAUUCAGUAUCGCAAAACCAAAAAGGUUGGAGGCAAUCUGCAUUGCAUCAUGGCCUUCCAGAGAGUCAACUGGCAAAAGUUGGGACCGUGGGCACUGAAUCUGGAAAAUCUGAGGCAUGAUCUCCACCAUCAGGCACCAGAACACAGAGGUCAAGCUGCGACAGAGCACGGUUCUGAGGAGCGAGCGGUGAAAUGCCUGGGUAGGUCCCUCAGUACGGGGAACAAGUCUGACAGCGCCUGGAAGCGUUUGUCCAACACAGCAGAGUACAGGCACAGAAGCUCUCCAGACAGUGACCUAGAUGAAGACAUAACUGACUAAAUCUAAAAUGUCCAACCCUCCUCUUAAAAAAUAAUAAUAAUUUUUGGUUUCAACCAUUUAAACAAGAAUAUUUACCUUCCCAGGUUGUUAGCCACAGUGAAAAGUCAGAAUUACAUAACAUAGAUGAAGUUGCAAGCUAAAUGGUGUGGUUAAUGCUCUGGUAACCAUAAGGAUGGUUUGAUGCCCAUAAGGAAGAAGCCAUAAGCUUUUGUGGAGGACAUCCCUGUGAUGCCAUCAUUUUACAGCUACAGUAUGUAAACAAAUCCCACAGCCCUCAGUAAUGUGCUAUUAAAUUAAGUUUUAAAAUACUUCACAAUGGCUCUCUCUCCAAGACUUUGAGUCACUUCCUGUAGGUCAAAAUGCUGCUUUCUUUCAACUCAUUAUGGAUAAAUGAAUCCUCAAAUGAAUGUGCAGUUAACUGCACUAAAGGUGUGGUCAAAUGUACCAUUGUUAUGCAAAUUCUUGCAGGUGAAGUCCAUCAAUUCCAUUAGGAAUCCACACAAUCCAGAAUUUCAUGUAAUGGUGAAUGAUUUCCCCAGGUUUUACAGUUGGUUAAAGUUGGUCACACCGUGUUGACCAACAGAAAGUUGCUUGGGUUGAAAGUGAUCGUGCUUAAUAUAUUGCUACACUAUACGCAGCGGACAAUUUUUGUCUGCCAGAAUUUGUGGCUGCACCUUAAGUGUACCAAGAACAUGAAGUGAAUAUUUGAUUUUCAGAUCAGUAUCAUUCCAUUUAAGUUAUAUGCUAUUUGGUGGAUUUAUAUGCUACUAAUGGUACUCUUGAUCAUUGGAGUGAAGUAUGGAGUGAAAAAUGAUAUGCUCACAGAAAACACUACAUAAAAGACUAGACUACACUACAUUGAAGACUAGUUCUACUAAUGCAUAAACAAAUGGCUUUAUUAGUGUAAGUAUAAAAAAAUACAAACUAAGUCAAGGUCGACAUAAAGAUAUCAGACCGUUUAAUGAUGUGACCAUGUGAUAUUUCAGUGGAUCAGAUUCUGGUUAUCAUUAAGUGACAUGGUUUAAUAAGAUGGUGCCAUCUUAUUGUAAAUAGCAACUUGAAGGAUUCCACUCAUGUUCUUUGUCAAACGCGCUGUGAGCUAAGAUUGCAUGAUUGCUUCCAUGUCAUGUGGACUGUGAUUUGUUAUUCCUUUAACACAGCAACAUCUUCUGUAUAAUGUUAAAGUCAUCACAAAUCUCAUACUCAUGUGAAUCUAGUCUAUUAUUAUUGUAUUCUUUUUAUUUAUGAAUAAAAUAUUUAUACACCUUCGUA